AUGUAUGGACGAAAACGCAAUGGUAUUACAUCAAAUUCACAUUUGCAAUACAGCGAAGAUGAACAUGACGAACUUUUACAUACAGGUUCGCCAAUAGUCAUGUUAAUUAUUCAUAAUCUUGAUCAUAUGAUGCAGCCACAUGAAUGGGAAACAUUAUUAACGCGUGAAAUUCAUGGAGCUCGAAUGUUAGGUGUAGCUGUAGUUCGUGAAUCGUCAUCGUCACGUCCAUGGGGAGAAGGCGAAUUAACAGCAUAUAUAUUUACUCGUCAUGACGCUCCACUGAUUCGACAAUAUUUACAUAAUCGACGUCUCGGUUUUCGACGUCUUCACGUCGACACAGUAACAAGUGAAAAUGGUAUCGAAGCGUUUCUUGUUCACAAAAUUCUCCAAUUACUUAAACUUAAUCCGCAAAUGUCUGAAGUGACUAUGGAACAACGUAUCAAUAGUUUUUUUCGACGUAUUCCAUCAUCUAUACGUCCACAGGAUUAUGAUCGCACAGCUGUUAUGCAUUCAAUUCAUCAAUGUAUGGGUUUACCAGCAUCACCACCAGCAUCAAGUGAAGAAAGUGAAGCUGAUAGUGAUUCACCGCCAUUACAUCGUAAACCUAUGGCUCAACCAAUGCAACAAAAACUACCAAUACAGAUGCCCAUCGAACAAAGCAACACAUAUUUUACUCCACAAAUUAUUCGUAUUGAUGAAUAUACGAUGCAACUUCAUUUUACUCCACUCUAUUUUGAACUUUUGGACUCUAUGCCGAUUCCUCCUCCAACUGAUGAAAGGGACCAAUGGAUAGCCAAUGCAAAUUUCUAA